AUACGAAGGAAAUGGUCAAUUUCAUUAACAAUUCACGCUUCUUAAAUUAGUAUUUGACAUCGACAUGGCCUUCCUAUAUAUGAGUAUGUUGAUACAGCAUAACAGAGUUCACAGCAGAACCUAGCAAGAAGAUUUCAUAGUUAUGGAUAAAGAUGAGCAGCUUGUGGAAGGGAAGGUGGACUGGAAAGGAAGAGCGGUUAAGAGGAAUACGCAUGGAGGAGCAAAAUCUGGUUUUUUUGUACUAGCCACAUUUGCUUUUGAGCAGAUGGCAACAUUGUCAUUGGCUGUGAACUUAGUGACAUACUUCAACACAGUGAUGCAUUACAAUCUAUCAGAUGCAGCUACCCACCUUACCAAUUUCAUGGGGACUAGCUACAUCCUCUCCAUUGUUGUGGCUUACCUAACAGAUGGCUACUUGGGAAGAUUCAAAGCUGUGCUUCUAUCCUUAUUUAUAGAGUUCUUGGGACUUGGAUUACUAACCAUUCAAGCUCACUACCCCAAACUCCAGCCACCUAAAUGUAACAUCUUUGAUCCAACUGCAAAGUGUGAGAGGGCCAGUGGAGAAGAUACUGCAUUACUAUUUCUGGCUCUAUACUUGUUAGCUCUGGGUGCUGCUGGAGUGAAGGCAUCACUACCAACACACGGUGCUGAUCAGUUCGAUGACAAAGAUCCUAAAGAGACAAAACAGAUGUCAAGAUACUUCAACUGUCUGUUACUAAUGGUGUGUGUCGGAAGUUCAGUUAGCAUAACCUUAAUUGUUUGGGUUGAGGAUAACAAAGGAUGGGACUUGGGAUUUUUCAUUUCCACCAUUACACUUUUUUUGGGGAUCAUAGUGUUUUCUGGUGGAUUGCCUCACUACAGAAUACAUGUUACUGAAGGAAAUAGUCCAAUGGCUGAACUUAUUCAGGUUUAUGUUGCAGCUUUCCGGAACAGAAAGCUUGAACUUCCUGAUGAUGCUGCGGAACUGUAUGAGAUCAACAUGGACAAGGAAGCAGCACUAGAACUAGAAUUUCUCCCACACAGAGAAGUUUUCAGGUGCUUAGAUAAGGCAGCAAUCCAAACAUCAACAGAAAUAGACAAUCCAGAGCAACUUCAAAGUCCAUGGAAACUUUGCAGGGUGACACAAGUUGAGAACGCGAAGAUCAUACUAGGCAUGGUCCCGAUUUUUCUCUGUACCAUUACAAUGACCCUCUGUUUGGCUCAACUUCAAACAUUCUCCAUUCAACAAGGUGUUACAAUGGACACGAGCUUGUCAAAAUCUUUCAACAUUCCCCCGGCUUCUCUCCCUAUCAUUCCUUUAGUCGCCCUCAUGAUCCUUGUCCCAACUUAUGAUUUGCUUUUCGUUCCAUUUGCACGUAAAUACACUGGACUUCCCACAGGAAUAACUCAUCUCCAAAGAGUAGGUGUUGGUCUACUCCUGUCCAGCUUAUCCAUGGCAGCAGCCGCGAUUUUUGAAGUGAAACGCAAAGAGGUUGCAAUAGAAAACAACAUGCUUGAUGCAAUCCCUGUACUCCAGCCAUUACCUAUCAGUGUCUUCUGGUUAUCAAUCCAGUACUUCAUAUUUGGCAUUGCUGACAUGUUUACAUACGUCGGACUUCUUGAAUUCUUCUACUCACAGGCCCCGAAAGGGCUCAAAGCAAUCUCUACUUGCUUUCUCUGGAGUUCCAUGGCACUCGGGUACUAUCUGAGUUCAAUUCUUGUGCAGAUUGUGAACGGUAGCACGAAGAAAUUUACAGCAAGUAGAGGAUGGUUAGCUGGGAACAACAUCAACAGGAACCAUUUGAAUCUCUUCUACUGGUUGCUUGCUUUGUUAAGUUUGAUCAAUUUUUUCGUAUAUCUAAUCAUUGCUAAAAGGUAUAAGUAUAGGCCACAGAGCUCCACUGAUCAGAUUGAUAUUAAGGUACAUGAGAUCAAUGAUUCAGGGGACAUGGAAAAUUAUAGCAAGUAACUCUGUGACUCAGAAGAUUGAUCAGUGUAUUUUCUUUUCUCCCAGUUUGUAACUUGUCACUCAUUUAUUUGAAAUUUUGCAAGUUA